AAAAGCAAUGAGGAGGCACUUCCGGUGGCGAUCUUUGGUUUGGAGAAGUCACUUGAAUUCGGGUCCAAAACACGUUUUGAGUACAGUGGACGGAACAUGUGACUCCACACCCCUUCUGUAGCUAUAGUGUGUCCUGUGUUUCCCGAGUAUCCCGCUAACAGGUGAUGCAACGUGUGGACGGAGGGACGCGAACCAACGGCUGCCAACACCUGGGUGGUUCCCAGCAGGAGGCCCGGGAAACGUGCGAGGCGACGGGUGAACAGGACGCCGAGUGUAAGUCUGCAGGGGUUCACCAUGGUGCAAGAGAAGACUGAUGGGAAAGACGUGAUGCUUGCACCAAUCCAACAAAACAGACCCGCGUUGUCAUGGGAAAAGAAGAUCGGGAAAAAGAUGAAGAUGGUGACUCCCUGCCUGGGCAGGUUCAGGCCGGUGGUUGGCCAGUGUUGUCACCAGUGCACCCCGGACAGUCUGCAAAAGGAGCCUGGGCCGACCUCUCCCCUCGGCUUUAAAAACCUGCUGAGCAUCGAGGAGACGCAGACCAGGUAUCGAGGCUGGCUGGUGCGGAGGGUGUGCUGCCUGCUGUUUGUGAGUGGGUGCAAGAUUUACGCCAACCCUGUUAGCAACAGACUGGACCGAGUCUGUCAGAGCCAAAGGGUGAAGGAGGCGCUCACAGCGGAGCACAAUGCGCAGGAGGGGAGAGACGGCCAAGGGCAGCUCAGCCGCCUCUCGCCACUCCCCCCCAUCGUUAACACCUGCAUCUCCCCUGGCUUCUUGCGAUUCCUGAGCUGGGUGAUGUUGAAGAUGUUUUCCUCCGUGUUUGGCAGUAUCCAAGUUAACCUCGACCAUCUGAGGGCUCUGCACAGAGCCUCACAAGAGGGAUCCCCGCUGGUUUAUGUGCACGUGCGUCAGUGCGCCGCGGACUUCGCUCUCAUCCCUCUGGUGCUCUUUUGUCACAACCUGAGGGUCCCAUACACUGUUUGUCCACUCCACAUUAAAAGCUCAUUUAUAAGAUCAAUCCUGCAGAAAGUCGGAGUGGUCCUCCUGCCGUCUUCUGCACUGACAGAGCAGGAUGCUGAGACGGACCCUCUGUACUCACCCGUCAUGACCUCUCUGGUACGUGAGCUGCUGGAUGAGAGUCAGGCGAUAAGCGUCGGUGUGUCAGCGGAGUCUGGUCGAGGUGGCCGGUGGCUGGCUCACGUCACACAACUCAUCAAAGAGGGAUCUGUCUCCGAUGUCAGUGUGGUGCCUGUGGGCAUCUCCUACGACUGUGUCCCCGAGACCAACACACAGAUUGGCGUCGGCUCUCUGUUUCGGUGGUUGUGGUCGCUGCUCUGGAGGAGCCCGGAUAGAAGCGUGAGGAUCCAUCUCGCUCAGCCCUUUUCUCUCAAGGAGAUGUGUGACUCAGGGAGGUGCAGAGUAGAUGACUGGCUCCCUCUGCAGGACCUGUUGCUGCCUGUUAUCUUUAACAACAGAGACUGUGUGUUUGGGCAGAGGCGGAUGUCGUGGCUCCUGCCACCUCCUCAUUAUGCAACUGAAAGCGGAGAGCAAACUCAUCGAGAGAGAGACCUCAGCAUCGCCAUCAUCCUCCACCUCAUCCACUCUGCAGCCUCCUGCACAGCUGUGAUGUCCACCAGUCUGGUGUCGAGCCUUCUGCUGUUCAGACAUCGCAAGGGUGUGAGGGCCUCGGCCCUGAGUCGGGACGUGGCCUGGCUCACCGAGGAGCUGCUGUUCCGGAACAAGGACGUGGGUUUCGGGGGAAGCUUGGAGGACGUGGUCCGCCACUCCCUGUCUGUGCUCGCGCCUCACCUCGUCAUAACCGCCGCGCCGUCUAGGACGGACCCCGUUAUAGUCCCCCGUCCGUCUCCUGCUGCCUCGCUUCACCUCAGCCGCUAUGCCCAGAUUGUCACACACACCUUCAUUCCGGAGGCUGUUGGCGCGUGUGCUGUGUCGGCCAUGCUGUGCGAGCUGGUCGGCAGUGGCCUCAGCAGCAGGGUGAGGAGCGGCGGCGUGGACGGAGAGCAGGUCAACGGCGACAUGGAGUUCGACGUGGCGCUCUGCCAGUCCAAGCUGACGGAGAGAGCCCUGCAGCUCUGCCAUCUCCUGCCCCCGGGCUUCAUGCCACCCUGCCAGUCGGCCUGUAGUUUUGCUCUGGAUGCGGUUGACAGUCUGGUACGCUGUGGCAUCCUGAUCAUGGAAGAAAUUCCCAGAGACGUUCCCAUCUGUGAUUUCUGGAAAAAGGAGGGCGCUCUGACCUGGACCACCUCUGACGACCCUUACGACAGCGACUCCGACUGUGAGGCGCAGGAGCAGGACUCGCGUUGCUACAAGAUAAGCCAGCCGAGACAGUUUCCCGAGUUGCUGUUCUUCCUCUGCGCAAUGCUCGCUGGUCAUCUGAGGACGCUGUGCUGGGCGACCAGCAGCCUGGACCUGAUGCACACACCUCUGCCAGAGGCAGAGUUUGUGGCUCUGAUGCACUCGCAUCUGUGUGACACAGCGAGUCGGGCGAAGCAGCACUACGAGAGCUGCUCGGAGGAGGCUGCACACAUGGCAGUUAGAUCACUGAUAGACCUCGGGGUGCUUUCAGAGGAGCGUCGGAGAGGAGGCGUCUCCCUCAGCGUCGGCCCUUUGUUCCAGUCGUCAGAAAACCGGCAGAAACUGCAGCGCUUCAUCUCCCAGUACCUCUUCAAUUAAUAUGUUAGAGAGGGCGGCGUCGCGAGUCCGCCCUCGUCCUCGGCUGGCGUCGGGGGGGGCUGCUGUUUGCCGGUGAGACGCACGCUGAGCGGAGCCGCUCGUGCCUUUUUAGGUUUGUUGGGUUUUUGAUUUUUCAGUGAUAAGACACUGAUUUUAAGUUUCUUUGGUAAUAGCAUUAGCAUAAAGCCACAGGAGACGAGCAUUAUGAAGUCCCUGUAAUCAGCCGCCGGGACGUUGAUGUUGCCGUGAAGGCCGCUAUACUUUUUGUUUGCUCCGCCUACUUUAAGCACAGUUUUCCUUUUUAGUUAAUCAGUAAGUCGAUGUUCAGGCUGACAAUAAAGAAAUGUGCCUCGUUUGCUGA